AUGGACGUAUUGACGAAUCCUAGGAGAGGAGGUAAAAUCGAGCAAUCCUGGGCCCGACAACUAUCAGAAUCCGCCAGCAACCGCUACUCCUUCGUAUGCAAUGCAAUUUUGUGCGUCUGCCGAGAAACCGACAACGACAGGCUAAAUGACAUAGCCAUCACCUGCGCCGAAUUGACUGCCUGCUGCAAUACACUUGCUGCAGAAUGGUUGGCCGUGUUAAUGGCCCUGUGCUGCUCCGGAACUCAUAGCCAGAGCUUUUAUAUGGAUGUUCUAGAUCAGGUCGAUGUGCACGAUUUGGGAAUACAUAAUUCGUUGGCUGUUUUCACAUGCAUUUUAAUAGCUCGCCAUUGCUUCUCUCUGGAGGAUCUUGUUCGACAUGUUGCUCUACCUUCGUUUGUUAAGGUAUGCCGUGGCGAUAUACCUCUCGAUGCUGAAGCUGGAGCAAGACUGACUUGUCAUUUACUGUUAAGGCUAUUUAAGACUGUAGAGUGCCCUCAACCAGGAAUGUACUCAGUGAGCACAUCGCCUCACCCAAUUCCUACCCAGGGCCCUCAAUAUUCCAUAAAACUCAGCUGUGAUAGACAUUUGUUGGCUGCCGCUCACAAAAACAUUAGCGUGGAGCCAAUAUUGGCUGUACUGAAAACCAUAUUGGUUGUCGGUGAUACUACAGCACGUGAUGGUGGCAAUUCCAAAAAUAAUGGAAAACGUAGCGGACUGUCGACGCCCGUACACCCAGGUAGCACUCCGAAGGGUCAACUUGGGGCAAGUGAAUUAUCACACAUUUUGGGAACCAGUGAUAUGAGUCUUAUUGGAGCUGCUGAUGACCCUAUGCUGGACUUGACUAGGAUACACCAUUCGAAUAAUUCAGAAAACGUUUCAAGUCUUUCUGAAUUUGCACAGCAUGUGUUGAGGGAAAUUUGCUCACAGGAAUGGGUUCUAGAAAGAUGUCUGCAAAAUCCUGAUGCCCUUUGCGAUCCCGAUCUCCUGUUAGAUAAUAUGCUAACUCCGAAACAAGCACAAAGAUUGCUGCAUAUGAUAUGUUAUCCUGAAAACGCAGCAAAUAUGAAGGAGGAUAUCGAUCAGAAGUCUAUUAUCGUGCGAAUUUUAGAGAAUUUGGAACAAUGGAGUUUACGUAUGUCCUGGUUGGAAUUACAAUUAAUGUUCAAACAAUAUCCUAAUGUGGGCUCGUCUGAAUUGAACCAGUGGCUGGAUAUGGUUGCAAGAGCAGCAAUUGAUGUGUUUCAGAUGCCACUGGAUUCUCAGGAAAAAAUAAACAGUGCUGAUAGAAGUAAAAGCAAAAAAAUAGAAUCGAUUUGGCUGGUUGCUCCUUUGGUCUCCAAAUUACCGAGUGUCCAAGGAAGAGUCCUAAAAGUCGCCGGACAAGUUUUGGAAUCAGGCAAUUGGUGCAGUAACAAGUGCAGAAACGAUUCCAAAAACAACGGAAACAACUCAUCAGAUUCGUCCAGGAAUAAAAGUAAAGGAUCUGGACCGAUGUUAAAUCAUUUACCGUUUCUCGGAUUAAUUCUUACUUGUCUCAAGGGACAGGAUGAGCAGAAGGAAGGAUUGUUGACGUCUUUGCAUUCGCAAUUGUCGCAGUUUUUGCAACUUUCGAAAGAUGAGCGCAUGGGAAAUUUAGAUGAUACAGCAUCCAGAGAAAUGAUGUUGGAUGCUUUGAUUUUACGAUUCAGUCUUGUCGGAGGAUUGUUCGACACCAUACAAAAGAAUUCGACAUCGACAACCGAUUGGGCACUACUACUUGUCCAACUAAUCUGCUCGUCUGUGAUCGAUUUGAAUAACAACUCAGAGUUAUUUACUACAGUUAUUGACAUGCUGGCGACACUCAUACAUUCUACAUUGGUCUCUGACAAUUAUUCAGAUAGGGACGAAAAGAAGUUUUACCAAAACUUGAUGAAAAAAUUGAAGAAAGAAGUCGGUGAUCGAAAUAAUCCAUCGAUUCAGCACGUCAGACAGUUGUUGCAAUUACCUAAAUUAACCUGCGAGGUGAUUGCUUGUGAGCCUGUCGGAGUGCUGUUGGACACCAAGGGAAACAAAAUUAGUUUUGAUAAAAAACAGGGUCUGAGGUUAUCUGAUAAACAGCGAAUAAGUGCCUGGGACUUGCUCGAAGGGCACAAAAAUCCUGCACCCUUAUCAUGGGCCUGGUUUGGGGCUGUGAAAAUGGAAAGAAAACCAUUGAGGUACGAAGAAGCUCAUAGGUUAUUGAAAUAUCAUACUCAUGGUCUGCAGAAGCCUCCUUCACAUUAUUUGGAUCCUUUGCCAUUGCCUCCGGAGGAUCUGGAACCUGUACCUGAGAAAACUUCUCGGCCUGCCGACUGCUGCGGAGACAUGAAAUCAGAUACGCCUUCGUCCUCAUCGAUCGACCAAUCGCCUCAUCCUGCACACAUGAUGAUGCCUGGAGGACAUAUGCCUGUAGGAGCGAUGCCUGGUGGACCUAUUAAUGCUGGGCCUAUGCCUGGGAUGAUGAUGCCAGGGAAUCCUAUGAUGGGUAACCCUAACAUGAUGAUGAUGGGCGUCGGAGGCGGCGUCGGCGUCGGCGGCAUGGUUGGAGGAGUCGUCGGAGGCGUAGGGCCAGGAAUCGUCCCCGGCCCUGUGGCGCCGGCCGUGGGCAGGGGCCGAGGCAAAGGCACCCGAAGGCCCCGAAAAAACAAGGCCAAUCAGCAGAAUCAGCAGCAACAGGUCGGUGUGCAGGGCGGCCAGGCUGUCGGAGGACAUAUGGCUGGCGGCGGAGUUGGACAGCCGCAGCCUAAUGCUAACAUGAUGCAGAUGCAGAAUGCCCAAUUGCAACAAAUGCAGUACGCACAAGCCCAGCAAGGAAUGGCUGGGCAACAGCAGUCCCAUCAAGGAUUUGGCCAGCAGGGACAAACCGGCCAGCAGCAAUGGAGUUAUCCCCAAACACCCAUGGGCCAACAGUAUGGCUAUGGACCAACACCUCAAGUUAACCGAUUUGAAAGACCCCAAGCCAGCAACUCAAAACAAGCCAUAAGCAAUAUGUUAAGACAAAGGCAUCCUAUGAACCAGUUUAUGCCGAGUGGUGCAGGUGCUGGCAGUCCUGCUGUUGGUGCUGGAGGUCCUGGUGGUCAAUAUCCAGCAGCUAUGGGGCCAAGACAGCAUAUGAUCCGACAGCAAUUACGAGCAGGUAUGACACCAAACACGAUGGGUAUGAAUGCAAGUCAAGGCAUGAUGGCAGGAAACCAGGCCAUAAACUCGGGUAUGAGUGCGAAUCAAAUGCCUGGACAAAACAUGGGCCAGAUGGGUGUGCAAGGAAUGGGAAAUGCUGGUAUGCAGGGCCAAAUGAUGGGCCAAAACGCAAAUAUAGGCCAAGGGCUCAAUCCUGGCAUGUCUAAUCAAAAUAUAAAUAAUCAAGGUAUGGGCAGUCAGGCCAGCAACCAGGUGAUGGCCGGGCAAAAUAUUAGUGGGGCACAACAAGCAAUGUUCCAGAAUCAGCAAUAUGGAAAUAUGCCUCAAGGUAUGAACCAAAAUUAUCCUGGUUACACUGGACAACCUACUAACCAGCAGGCUAUGAUGGGCGGAUUCCAAGGCCAGCAGCAGUUUACUAAUCAACAGAAUACUGCUAUGAUGAAUCAGCAGCAACGCAAUGCACAUGCAGAAUACAUGGCGCAGAGGGUGAAUAGGGGAUCUUAUAUGCAGCAGCAGCAAGCACCAAAUGUGACAAUGAACACGAUGGGUGGACCUGCACCUCCGUAUCCUAGAGGCGGUCAACCUGGAUCUCAAAAUCAAGUACCACAAUUUCCUCAGCAAAUGAAUCCCCAGCAGAGCCAAAGGAUGCGCCAGCAGAUGUUAGCCCUGCAGCAGCAACAGCAGCAGCAGGCCCAGCAGCAAGUCCAGCAGCAGGCGAUGACCAACACUCAGCAGCAGGGAAGUCCUGCACUUGUUGCACAGCUGCAAAGACAGCUGAAUCAGCCGCAGCAGGCGAUGAUGAAUCAGUAUUCGCAUCAGCCGCCUCCGUAUUAAAGAAACCG